UCUGUGGAUGGGUACACGGAACCACAUGUCCAGCCUCUCAAAUCAAGUAGCAGACAAAACAUCCCUCGAUGUAGAAACUCAAUUACAUCUACCAAUGAAGAGCACCCUCACAUUGGGAAUUAUCGCUUACUGAAAACGAUAGGGAAAGGAAACUUUGCCAAAGUGAAACUGGCAAGGCAUGUUCUUACUGGAAGAGAGGUUGCUGUGAAAAUAAUAGAUAAAACCCAACUAAAUCCUACUAGUCUACAAAAGUUGUUUCGAGAAGUACGAAUAAUGAAGAUACUGAAUCAUCCCAACAUUGUAAAAUUAUUUGAAGUUAUUGAAACUGAAAAGACAUUGUAUUUGGUAAUGGAAUAUGCCAGUGGAGGAGAGGUGUUUGACUAUCUAGUUGCACAUGGAAGAAUGAAAGAGAAAGAGGCUCGUGCAAAAUUCAGGCAGAUUGUAUCUGCUGUGCAAUACUGUCACCAGAAAUGCAUAGUUCAUCGUGAUCUUAAGGCAGAAAACCUUCUACUUGAUUCAGAUAUGAACAUUAAAAUUGCAGACUUUGGCUUUAGCAAUGAAUUUACAGUUGGUAAUAAACUGGACACGUUUUGUGGAAGCCCGCCUUAUGCUGCUCCUGAACUUUUCCAAGGAAAGAAAUACGAUGGUCCUGAAGUGGAUGUAUGGAGUCUCGGGGUCAUUCUGUACACGCUAGUGAGUGGAUCGUUGCCGUUUGAUGGUCAGAAUCUAAAGGAACUGAGAGAGCGAGUCCUGAGGGGGAAGUACCGUAUUCCGUUCUAUAUGUCCACAGACUGUGAAAAUCUACUCAAGAAGCUACUAGUACUGAACCCCAUAAAGCGGGGUAGUUUGGAACAAAUUAUGAAGGAUCGGUGGAUGAAUGUUGGCCACGAAGAAGAAGAAUUAAAGCCAUACACUGAGCCUGAACCAGAUUUUAAUGACACCAAGAGAAUAGACAUAAUGGUCACUAUGGGAUUUUCAAGAGAGGAAAUUCAUGAAUCUUUAGUAAACCAAAAGUAUGAUGAGGUUAUGGCUACUUACCUGCUUCUAGGUAGAAAACCACCUGAAUUUGAAGGAAGCGAGUCCCUGUCCAGCAGCAACCUGAGUCAACGUUCUCGGCCGAGCAGCGACCUCAACAACAGCUCGGCGCCGUCGCCGGCGCACCUGAAGGUGCAGCGCAGCAUAUCCACGAACCAGAAGCAGCGGCGCUUCAGCGAUCACGUGGGGCCAUCGAUUCCUCCUGCUGUGUCGUACACAAAAAGGGCUCAGGCGAACAGCGUGGAAAGUGAGCAGAAAGAGGACUGGGACAAGGAUGCGUCGCGCAAACACGGCAGCACUACGGUGGGAUCCAAAGGAGAGAUGGCUGCGAGCCCACUUGUGGGUCCAGAAAGAAAGAAGUCAACUGCAGUUCCAAGUAGCAAUGUAUUUUCUGGUACUGGAAUGACAAGGAGGAACACCUAUGUUUGUGAACGGUCUUCAGAUCGCUAUUCCGCAAUACAGAAUGGGAAGGACAGCAGCCUCACAGAGAUGUCUGCGAGCAGCACGUCCUCCGCGGGCCCCGCGGUGCCUUCUGCGGUGUCGGCCCGGCCGCGACACCAGAAGUCCAUGUCUGCCUCCGGGCAUCCCAUAAAGGUUACCCUGCCGACCAUCAAAGAUGGCACUGAAGCUUACCGACCAAGUGCAACUCCAAGAGUGCCUGCUGCUUCCCCCUCUGCUCACAGUAUUAGCACUACCACUCCAGACCGAACCCGCUUUCCUCGGGGGAGUUCGAGCCGAAGCACUUUCCACGGUGAGCAGCUUCGGGAGCGGCGAAACGCCACGUACAACGGGCCGCCCGCCUCGCCCUCCCACGAGACCGGGGCCUUUGCACACGCCAGAAGAGGGACGUCCACUGGUAUAAUAAGCAAGAUAACUUCCAAGUUUGUCCGCAGGGAUCCAAGUGAAGGUGAAGCCAGUGGCAGAACUGACACCUCAAGGAGCGCUUCCGGAGAGCCCAAAGAAAGAGAAAAGGAGGACAGCAAAGAUUCGAAGCCCCGCUCCUUGAGGUUCACGUGGAGUAUGAAAACCACUAGUUCUAUGGACCCUAACGACAUGAUGAGAGAGAUCCGGAAAGUGUUAGACGCCAAUAGCCUUGUCCAGUGGGAGAUGGAAGUCUGCAAGCUGCCGCGGUUGUCGCUCAACGGAGUUCGUUUCAAGAGAAUAUCCGGGACUUCUAUUGCAUUUAAGAACAUUGCAUCCAAGAUAGCGAAUGAGCUUAAGCUGUAAAGAGAAACUACAUUUUUCUGGGAUCAGGGAAGAUUCAUACAUGAUCUACACUUUGAAUGUACUGGUUACGCCUAAUGUGAUUGGCCUGUGAAACUCCCCAUGUAGAAAUUGCCCUUAUUGCAAUAAGGUUAUACAUAGUUAUUCAGAAUUGUAAAGUUAAAUCCAGUAUAACCUAUAUUAAAUAACUGUAGCUAAAGAAGUUAUGUUCACAUGUACAGGUAAGUAUAUAGAGCAUUCUGUUCAUUUUAUGUUCAUAGAGUUGUAUAAUAAAAAGAUGACUGCUUAAAUACGGAUCUUGUAUAGUUGUCUAGAUUUCUGCACAGAAAUGUAUGUUUGAUGCUUUGAGUUGGAAAAGUUCUUCCCUGUCACUUACAUUUUUGGUGGUUUUUAUAAGUCUUACCUCUAUCAUGCAUUUUUUAAAAAGAAAAAAAAAAAAACUGUGUCCUGAGUCAAAUGCACAAAAAUAGUUUUCACAACUGUAGCAUGACCAUUUUUAAUUAUUUAAAAACUGUUCAUGAUUUGAACCAAAAGUCGAUGAAUAAAUCGGCUUUUGUUCUACACAAGACUGUUCCUGCUUAUCUUUGGCUCUUAACCUUGCUAUUGGACAGUGUUUAGUU